AUGCCUUUAAAUAAAGUUGGAUUGAAUUUAUUUCUAAUUUUAGCUCUUGUUUGUUUCGGAAGUACACUUAUAGAUGCUAAUCCAUAUAAGAGCCUUGAAAAUGUGAUUCAUCUAAAGAGCUCAACUUUUGACGACUUUGUAACUAAUAAUCCAAAUGUUUUAGUUAUAUUCUAUGCACCUUGGUGUGGUCACUGCAAAGGUUUAGUACCUAUUUUGGAUCCUGUAGUAGCUGAGGUUGAAGAGUCUGGUGGAAAGGGGAAGAUUGCAGUUAUAGAUGCAACUGUAGAAGUGGAAUUAGCUCAGAGGUUUGAUAUAAAAGGAUAUCCAACUCUAUUAUUCUUUUCUGGUGAUCCUACAAGUCCAUCUGCAUAUCCUGAAUCAACAGAUUCUAGAAGUAAAGAUGUAAUGGUUAAACUAUUAUUAUCCCGUGAUAAAGAUCUAUAUUCAUUAUUAGAUACAAGAUCAUAUUCAAGUUUCGAAGCUGCAAAAUUAGAAUUGAAACUAAAUGAAAAAGUUGAGGAAUCUAAGAGUACCGUAUUAGUAUAUUAUGGUAAGCCCAAUACAGUCAGAACAAAGGCAGUAAUUGGUGCCUUAGAAACUCUACGUAAUGAAGGGUUUGAGAUAAUGUCAUAUUUGGUAUAUGUAAACAAGAAGGCAGAUAUUGGAUUACAUAUAUAUGCAUUACCUGAUAAAGAGGAGCCAGAUAACUCUCAAACUUUUAACCCAAAGAGACAUAUUAAGGCCCCAUCUAUAAUAUUAGGUAGAUCUGAAUGGAAUAAUCAAAUUCUCAAGUUAUUUAUUGAGACAGCAUCUCGUCCACUUAUUUCUUUCAAUGGAGUAUCUCCUAUGUAUAUCCAUGAAAGUUCUAAUUCUUUAAUUGCUUAUCUUCCCGAAGAUGUAUCUGAGGCAAAAAAAUUGAGAGAAGGACUUUUGGAAUAUGCCGAAAAAUAUUUCAAUCCACAUGAUCCUCAUUUAGAUAUUGCAGUAGGUUUUAUACCACGGGAUUCUUUAGAACUUGAAGAGUCAGUAGGUUAUUCUUUGAAUCAUCCUAUGGUUAAGGAAAACUCAUUUUUAUUAAAACUUCGUUCUGGGUCAUUUGAAGCUCAGUCUAAGCGUCUAAUUGCUGAGAAGUAUCUAAUCCCAGGCCCAGUCACAAGCUCUAAAAUGUAUGAAGUUAUGGAUAAAAUUCGGGAAGAUAACUAUCCUAGAUUCUAUAAGUCUAUGAAUCUUGAGGAAACAAGUAUGGCUACUGACAUAGAAGUUGCACACUCUUCUCCAUUCUUACCACUAGAGAUUGUAGCAAAUACAUUCGAUAAGUAUGUUAAGUCUGCCUUAGAUCAUGAAGCUUUGUUCAUAAUGUUUUAUGCCCCUUGGUGUGGACAUUGUAAAUCUCUCAAGCCAAUAUGGCUUAAGUUAGCUCAGAAAGUUCAUAAAAUGUUUACUGAUAAGGAUAAAUCAAGGGUUACAAUCGCUUUGUAUGAUAUAACAAAAAAUGACUUACUGCAUGGUAUUGAUGUCCAAGGAAUUCCUACUUUAUUUUUCUUCCCAUUUGGGAGUGAUAAGAUUAUGAAUAAAAGCAAGUAUGAGGGGUCUAGAGAAAUUGAAGGGUUAAUGGAAUAUGUACAGGAUCAAUAUGAGGAUUAUUUGGACAAUAUACGUAGUAAAGAGAAGUCUCAUGUUAGAGAUGAGUUGUGA